UUCUUUCAAUCUAGAAAGAAGCUCAUGAUCUGGUGACAGAGAGAACCAGUGACCCACAUUGCUCAUUAGGUCUCUUGUUGAUUGAAUAUCUCUCUCGCCACGCACCCUCAUUGGAGCGUGCUUCAUACUUGAUGCUCUUAUUCACCAUUUUUACUUCUUAUUCGUUGUUCUCAUCUUGUUUUGAUUUCAAGCUCUCUUCAUUUUCUUUGACUUCCCUCUAUCUUUAUCUGUUUUCCUUCAAUCUAAUACAUGGCUUUAGAUUAGAGAGUUUCUUGUGAGUUUUUUCCCCCACAGCUCUGCAUAUGCAAAAGAAGCCAACGCAGGUACAAUAAAAUCAGACCAGAGAGAGAGAGAGAGAGAUACAGCCUUAAAAGCUCGCUUUUACUACUGAGCUACAAAAGUGAACUCCCUCCAUCUGUUUGUUGUUUUGUGCCUUAGGUUCUCCCCCCUUCCAUUUUCUCUUUUGCUUUUCAAGUGUAGGUCAUUGAUUGUAUGUUUUCUGGAUUUUGAGCCUUCUCCCAUCUUCUUUCCUUGAAUUUUUUUUUUUGUCUAACCUUUCUGGCUAAAGCAAACUCUUAGAGAAUUUGAUGUCUGGGUUGUAUAAUCAAAUUUCCUCACCUGCACCUGUAAGGGCCAAUUCACCAAACAUAAACGUGAGAAGCAGUUUUGAUGUUGAAAGUCAGUACUUAGCGGAGCUGCUGGCAGAACACCAGAAGCUUACACCUUUCAUGGAAGUCCUUCCUCUAUGCAGUCGACUCCUGAAUCAAGAGAUUUUAAGGGUUUCUGGAAAGAACGGACUGAUGCUGAACCAAGGGUUUAGUGACUUCGAUAGAAUGCAGUUCGGAAGUCCUAGUCUUAUGGCUUCACCAGAUAUAAUACCAAAUUUCACUGGCUGGAACAGCCUAUCACAUGAUAGGUUUGCUGGAGCACAGGGAUUGAACGUGGAUUGGCAAACAGCACCAAUUGUCCCGAGUUCUCCCAUUGUGAAGAGGAUAUUGCGCUUGGAUAUUCCUAAGGAUGCCUAUCCAAAUGUAACACAUUUCAAUUUUGUUGGCCGCCUUCUUGGCCCCCGAGGUAAUUCACUGAAGCGGGUAGAGGCUACAACGGGUUGUCGUGUUUUUAUCAGAGGGAAAGGCUCAAUAAAAGACCCAGACAAGGAGGAGUUGCUAAGGGGAAGGCCAGGCUAUGAGCACCUGAAUGAUCCUCUGCACAUUUUGAUUGAGGCUGAACUGCCUGCCAACAUCCUUGAUAUUAGGCUGAGGCAAGCACAGGAAAUCAUAGAAGAGCUGCUGAAACCUGUGGAUGAGUCACAAGACUUUUACAAGAGGCAACAACUAAGAGAACUUGCAAUGCUUAAUUCCAACUUCAGAGAAGAGAGCCCUCAACUGAGUGGUAGUGUCUCUCCCUUCACUUCCAAUGAAAUAAAAAGGGCCAAAACUGAUCAAUAGUGGCUUUCUGCUGAGAAUCACAGACGUUUAUGUUUUCUCCUUUAUCCAAGUUCUGUAUAGCCGCUUGACAAGAAGACCUUACCGAAAAGAUCCUGUUUAGGAGAAUGCAUAUUUAUUGUCACAAUCAACUGCAUAAGUGCGCUUGAAAAACUGGUACAAUUCUUAUCAUACUAUAUGUAGAAAUAUGGGUCAGUUGGGAUGUUAUGAACAGUCUAGUAAGCUCAUCUUAUUGUUAUAAACUGUUUAUUGAUUGUAUUGAAAUGAAGUGUUUCAUAUCA